UUCCAGAGUGUUAAGUGCCAAAGCUGUUUCCUCAGGAUGGGAUAGCUGAUGAGCAAGCAAGUUCCUUUGUGCAAUGAUAGUAAUGUUCAACUAAGAUUUCUUUGUCCAGAUGAUGUUCCAGAAGUGAAAAAACUAUGCACAGAAUGGUUUCCCAUCGAGUAUCCUGACAGCUGGUACAAGGACAUUACCUCCAGCAACAAGUUUUUUUCCCUUGCUGCUGUGUACAGAGUGCAAAUUAUUGGACUAGUUGUUGCAGAAAUUAAAUCCCAAUCAAAAUGUAACAAAGAGGACCAAGGUCUGCUUUCUUCACAUUUUGCCAAAAAUACUAAAGUAGCUUAUAUUCUUACUCUGGGUGUUGUUGAAGAAUUCAGAAGAAAUGGCAUAGCUACUCUUCUGUUAAAUAGUUUAGUUGACCACUUGACAAAAAAUCCUGAUGGAAACAGUUGCAAAGCUGUCUACUUACAUGUCCUAACAUCAAAUACGACAGCCAUUCAGUUUUAUGAGCGGCGCAAUUUUUCCCUUCAUUCCUAUUUACCUUUGUAUUAUUCAGUGCAUGGAGUUGCCAAAGAUGGUUACUCCUAUGUUCUUUACAUCAAUGGUGGCCAUCCUCCCUGGACAGUUUUAGAUUAUUUAAAACACUGGGGUCAACUUGUUACACAUUUCCAAGUUUGUGUUUUGCCAAAGAAGAUGUAUCGUCUAUUUCAAGGUUUUGUGAUGAAAUUAUGGCCAGAGAGUUGGAGGUCCCGCUGAAUUAUGUUUAGUCAUAAUACAUAGAUAAUUUUUACUGAUAUUUUUAACAUAUCUUUCAUCCCGAGGCUAAUUUUUGUGAUGUCAAAUAUGUAAUUAUUACUUUGUAUUAAAUGUACAUAUACUCUACUGUCUUAUAUAAGAGUUAUCCUUCAUAAUUUUAUUAAUUGUAUGCAUAUAUACUCAAUAUUUAUAUAUGUUUUAUUGAAUUGAACAAAUUUUAUAAUGAACUCAUUCUCAGAUUGAGUUUAUUCAUACUAAUUGAAAUAGGAAUUUUGUAGUUAGAACCUAUGCUGCAUGUGUAAAAUAUAGAAUUCAGCAAUAAAAAUUUUUCUGUUUAAA